AUGCUGAUGAUGCAGCAACUCCAGAAUCAGCAGCAGCAGCAGCCGCAGCAGCAGCAGCAGCAUCAGCAGGGGUCGUACUAUGCCCCUCAGCAGCAGCAGCAGCAGCAGCAGCAGCCAGUGUUGACUCAGCUGACCCCUUUUGGAGCAACACCUUCUUCCGUCUCGAAUGCCAACGGCCCGAUGCUCAUGAUGGUCCCGCCUGCCCCUCGCAGCCACCCCAGUAACCACUAUCAGCAGCAGCAUCAGCAGCAGCAUCAGCAGCAGCAUCAGCAGCAGCAGCAGUGGACGACGGCUGGAUCGGAGGCUUGUCCCCAGCAGUUUUACACUUCAUACCCAGCCCCUGCUACUGCGACUGCUGCGCCUUACCACCCCCAGCAACAGCAGCAGGGUAUGGCGCACCACGUUGGCCAGCCCAUGGUUCAGCAGCAGCAGCAGCACCAUCAGCAGCAGCAGCAACAACCGCAGCAAGCCUAUUACUUCCGGCAGCCAACUCCGCCCUCGUCGGCAACCUCGUCGCAUGGCUCGCAGUCGUUCUCUGCGUUCAUGUCGGCUGCCUCGACCCUGCUCGCUCAGCAAGCCCAGCAACAACAACAGCAGCAACAGCAACAGCAGCAGCCGCACCCACACCACCAGCACCACCACCAGCAGCCGCACCACAAGAAUGGUAUGCCGCUUCCGUCGCCAACCGAGCACGAGCCGACGACCUCCUCAACGCUCGCCCGCCUUCCCAAGCCCAGCCCGGUCGUCAUCCUGAACCAGCCCUACCAUGCUCAGCACCCUCAGCUGCAGCCCUUCCCACAGCAGCAGCAACCGCAGCAGCAGCAGCAAUUCCAACAGCAUUUCAUGCCGCAGCAACCGCAACAACAGAUCUUUUAUCAACAGGCUGCUGCUGCUCCUUCUAUGACGCAGCAGCAUCACCAACAACUCCACACGUCGUCAUCCGGCGCUGCUGGCAGCGCUGGAAUGACCUUCUCGGCACCCACCGGAUUUGUUGUCGGAGCGUCGGCAAUGGAAGGUGAGCCCACUCCGCGGUCUGGCGCCUCGUCCGCUGGCUCGACGACCUCGACCGUCCGCUUCUUCCCACAGACCACCACCGCCGCCGCCGCCGCCACAGGCAUCCCUGUUGCUUCAUCCUCACCCAUGGCGAACGCGAGCAUCCUGAACGCGACGUCGCUGUCGUCGUCGUCGUUGUCAACGGUCUACCCUCCCUCCCUCAUCACCCCAACCACGAGCAGCAGUGCGUUUGCCGUGCCCGUGUCGCCCCGCACCACCACGACCGCAUCCGGAACACCAUCCGUCAUGUCCAUGGGAGUCAGUGCUGCUGCUGCUGCUGCUGCCUCCUCUGCAAUUCCUCCGAUGAUGAUGCACGUGAGCAGCGAUCCGCAUCCGAUGGCUGCUGCAACCACCGCCGCGGCCGCUGCUGCCCUCUCGGCGCUCGCCUCGUCGUCCUCAUCGUCGAUGCCGUCCAUUCACGGUCACGCUGCACCGUUGCAAAUGCACGCCAUGCCGAGUGUUGCUGGGCCUCAACCGCAGCAACAGCAGCAUUGGAUUGUAAAUCCCGCCCACCAUGUUCCCCAGAAACAUUCCUUUGACCAGUCUGCCCCCAUGCUCAACAUGCCCCAGUCUGCUGCUGCGCCGUACGUCCAAGGGCAAGUGCACCCUCACCACCACCUUCCUCUGCAGCAGCCUCAGCAGCAGCAACAACAACAACAAUUCCACUUUGUGACCGUCCACGGGCCAAAUUCUACAACCACACCCAGCCAUCCGAAUCGAUCUCGAAUGCUGCAUCCCAGCGUCGCCAACACGGCUUCUGCUUCCUCGUCGGAUGCCGUUGCGUUUGUGACGGCUGCGGUGGCCAAGGCCCGCGAUCUCUGGAAGAAGGUGUCGCACGACGAGGCUUACGAGGACAAGCCUGCCGUUGCACCCUUGGGCCAGACCGUGUCGCCGACCACAGUGGCAUCCUCUCAAGCGGACGCGGCUCUCGUCGCCAAGCGAAGCAAGCGAUCCAGCUCGUCGAGCACCUCCAGCGAAGAGGACAAGACCUCCUUGUCGGCUGCUCCUGCUGCUUCUGCUGCACCUGCGCCUGGCGGAAUCAAGCGGUCGCGCACUGAAAUGCACGCUCCGACUCAUGCUCGCCAUCGCAAGCCUGCUGCUGCUGCUGCCGACGACGACGACGACGACGCCGCCGCCGAUGCCGAGGACGAGGAAGAAGAAGAGGAGCCCGAAGACGACGAGGAGGAAGAGGAUGAUCCCUACCAUGCCCAAGACGAGGAUAGCACCAGCCACGAUGACGAUGACGAUGAUGAUGAGGAUUACCGCGAUGGCACCAGGCAUCACCAACACUGCAAUCAUUCGCACGCGUCGCCAGACGAAUCGGGUCGCGCUGUGCGCCGCCCCCGUCUGGACAGCGAGCACAGUCAAGACAGUGAGCUGCGGCUGGCCGUACUCACUCGAGAUUUGCUGGUCGAGUACGCAAACCCCUCGGGCAAGCGUGUCUUUGAGACUGGCAUUGUCACGGAAAGCUGGAUGGCUCAGCACAACAACACCUGCCCCAUGGCUGGCUGUGGGGAGGUGCUCAAGACUGCGUAUGCCAUGCGCAAGCAUCUGAAUGCCGUGCACAACCGCCCGCGGUACAACUGCCAACCAUGUGGCGUGGUUUGCGAAACCCCGCUCGACCUGCGUCUGCACAUGUCUGCCAAACACCAGGGCACCGUGUACGCCUGUGAGCACUGCGACAAGAUGAUGCCCAAGCUGUCUCGGUUGCUCGCGCAUGCAGAGGUGGAGCACCCCGGCACGCUGUAUGAUUGCACCAUUUGCAACAAGCGGUAUCUGGUCGCGAGUGGGCUGCGAUCACACAUCGAGUCCAUCCACAAUGGCGCGCGCUUCCGUUGCGAGUUUUGCGGGCGCUGCUUCAACGUGCACUGCAAUCUGCGCACGCACAUGCUGGCCAAGCACACGAGUGCGCGCUACCACUGCGACCAGUGCGACAAGGUCUUCACCAUGGCGCGCAGUCUGCGCACGCACAUCAACUCCAUCCACAAGGGCAUUCGCCACGCCUGCACCUACUGCCCCAAGACGUUCACGCGUCUGGUUGCGCUCCGCAAGCACGAGCGAGGCGUCCACCAUUCUGAUUGAGACGGUUGGUUGCCCAAUGCUUUUUUUUUCUGGACUCCUUUAUUCUUGUGAGAGGGGCUGGCUUCCCCAUACACAAACUGAGAGGUACCUUUCUGAAACCGUCGAUCAUCUCGACAACACUUGGAGAUGUUUUUCAUUUUUCUUCUUUUUUUUUUUUUAGUUUGAUGCAUUUGUUUUUUCGAACCAUGUUCUUUUUGUUGACCUGCGCCUUGAUUCUUUUCUUCUUGCUUGUACUUGCUACAUGAGUAUGCCGGUCGAUUUUUUGGUGCGCUUUGCGUU